CUUACAAAAUACAUUUGGUAUUUUUGUGGGAAAGUCGUGCUUGGAAUUUAGUCGCAAUACUGCCGCAUUUGGCAGGUUUUCGUUAAGACGACCGUUACACUUGGCUUGCUAAUGCUAACCUAGCCAGCUGCCGACUGGGCAUCAACUGGGUACCCGCGGGCAAACGGCGGCCCGGGAAUAAAAUCAUAUUAGCACGUUAGCUCAAUUCAAAUCCUGGGCGUGACCAUCGUUUUGUAGCAUAUUUCUAACCCUGUAUUCAUGGUCAUGUAUAGGAUCUGUUAUUACUGUUUUUUGCAGUAAGGUCUUAAACACAGCAGAGCACUCCUGUCACACAGGCUCUUUGACUAGCGUUUUUGCAGUAGGUGCAUGACAAGAGCUGUGUUAUAGAGCACUGAUUCUCAACUGGUGAGUCGUGACCCACUUUUGGUCUGUUUUUGGUGGGUUACAUGGUCUUGACCCAAUGUCUGUGAAUGCACCUCGCAUCUGUGCUAUUUGCUACCUUAUGUUGCCACUAGGCGAAUGCUAUGGCGACCUGGUCAAGCUUCAGCAUGAGAGGAAGGACAUUGAGUGUGGACUUGACGUGCCGACUGGCCGACACAUCUGCAAAUAUUUGCUAUUCUGCUGUAGAAGAGCUGCCUAAAAGCGACAGCUCUCACUGCUGCAGCUCACGUUGCGUUGCAUAGGGGAAUUGUGCCUACAAUGAGGACUACCAGCUGGUGGAAAAAACCCCAACAAAUCAGGUGGGUGGGGGGGACCAACAACUUUGAGCAGGCAUAAAACCCCUUUAAUCACAUAACGUGAUGGAGCUUUGACCUUGAAAAUGUCGUGCGGGCUGUGGAAAGAGACACUGGCCCUGGCCGAGGACUACCUGGCCCUGUGCUGCACAAGCGCCCGCUCGGCCCCUCCAUCACCACCUCCCAGCGAGUCAGCCGCCGCUAUGAGGCGCGUGGCCCAGGAUAUGGAGGCGCAGAACAAGGCUCGCUUCCAGACCCUGGCUCAGACCUUCCUCAGACAGUGCGGGCCGGAUCCGUGCUCCAGCCUCAGGAAGGUGAUGGAAGAGCUGGUGGGUGACGGACUCUUGAACUGGGGGAGGGUGGUGUCCCUCUUCGCCUUUACCGGGGUGCUGGCCAGGAUGCUGCAGGAGCAGAAAGAGCAGAAGGAGACAGCUGCCAAGCCGGGGCUGGACCUCAGUCAGGGGCCCGAAACCUGCAGAAGGCUGGCAGAGACGAUCGCUGAUUUCCUGGGAGAGGAGAAGAAAGACUGGCUGCUGGAGAACAAUGAAUGGGAGGGUUUCUGCAAGUUCUGCAGCAGCAGAGAGGCCAGUCAAGACUUGUCCAUGAAGACGGCGUUGUUCGCUGCGGCUGGUGUUGGCCUCGCUGGCCUCACCUUUCUGCUAGUACGCUAGCUAGCUACACACUUCUUUUACUUUGUUUUUUUUUUCCUUGUUCUAACAUCAACAUGCUGCAGAAUCAAGCUGCUCCUUGAAAGGGCCGAAUGUUUCCAGGCACACACUCACUCACACGGUGGUCUCUUGCUCCAUUCGAUUGUACAACUGAUCUCAAUGCCUUCACACGUGUUGGAGUGCGUGAUGCAGCGUGAAAACACUUUGAUUAGUGAAGCCUCCCUCAGCGUUUUGUUUGCUUUUAAACUUGAGCUGCCUUUUUAUUUUUAAAUUUUUUUUUGUUAGUCAUAGCUUCACGUCUUGAUCCGAGUUGUGCUCUACAAUGUACAAAUUAAUAUAUUAUAUUUAUAAGAAAGGAAACUGUAAGCGCUGGCCCCCUUUUUUGUCUUUUCUAAACCAACCUGCGGUGAAUUGACUUGAUUCUUUUGUCUUGUGUGUUUGCGUGUGUGUCUCGCCCGGUCAGCAGAGCUGACGACCACACGACGGUGCUAUUUGUUGUGAAAUGUACCUUUUCUUUCUUUGUUUUUUCCAUGACAACCAGGGACCAAUCAGAUAUCAUAUUGUUGAACAAACGGUUGCUACGGCGACACCUCCCCAACACAGAUCUCUUGUUAUAUUUUUACAUGUUUUUUGUUCUAUUUAUUUGUCUGUUUUAUAAUAAAAAGGUGAAGAUAAACGCAGCAUUGUAUUGCUUUGCCCAAACCACCUUUUUUAUUGCCACUUCCCAUCACAGUCACUGGUGUCUCAAACAAUAUUUCAGCACAGAACAUUUGAAUUGGAAUUCAACUGCGACCGAUCUUAAUGGUUAAUACAUUUUGAUUUGUGUGAUCAUGUAAGGGGCUAGCCACACAUACGUUUUCACGUCAAAACGGCAAAGUACUAUCGUUUCAGCCUCGCAUCCACACUGGAAUGGUGUUCUGGGUGACCUGCAACUGUAUUUUUUUGAGAACAGCUUCCAGAGUGGGGAAUAUCUGAAAACGCCGGCUUGUCGUUGGUGACGGGCACGUGACCAGAACUGAGCUUUGACAAUAAGACGACAUAUUUCGACCGACGUAACUCACGCUAGUCGACAUUGUCAUAUUUUCUACUUCAAGAUGCGCAGAAGUAAUUCCACUUCUCUUAAAUCGAAACGAGCCUUGAAAAGCGGAAGAUGAGCGACUUGUCUUUGUUCUUCUGUGGUUUGGUGUGUCACGUGGUCACACGCGACACACGGAGGUGUGCCUUGUGUAGUUGCACCGUUUUCACUCAGUGAUUUUGUUCCUGCCUAUUUACCUAUCCGGCAAAGUAUGGGCGCCAAAAAAAACAAUCUCAGGAAUGUUCCUGUGUAGACAGGCCCUUAGACUUUCACAUUUUUAGUAUUUUUUUAUAAGCUUUUUUUCCACCAGCGGUACCACAGUUUGUUCUUCUAAUCAAUGGCGUACACAACAGCUACACAAAGUGUCAAUUUACAGCAGCAGAUGCCAGAUAGUACCAUUGGAAAACUACAAAGAAAAACUGCGAAGAAGCAGCUUGUGUAGCAGAAAGAUGGUUUAUUUGCAGUUGGAUAAAAACACUCAUUCUUUUCAAGAAGCAAAUGAUUGUAUAUUGAUUGUGCACACAGCAGGAGUGGGGAACCAUUUUUAGUCUUAUACCAAAUGUAUGAAAAAAUACGAUGCAAAGACUGAAUGAAUAAAUGCUUGAUGUGUGUGUUACAUUAUUGGGAGCUUUUUUUUUUUUUUAAACAUCUUAACUCUUUUUUUUCUUUCUAUGUUUUCAACAUAUGUUCUGAAUUGUGUGUCGAAUAAAACGGGGGGCUGCGUAUGGCCCAAGCACCACAGGUUCCCACCAUUACUUUAAAGCAGAAAUGAGUGAAGCAGCUCCCGUCCCCUAUUAAGCCAGACUGUCAUGAUGGGAACACUCCAACAGACUCCAGAUCAGCUAAAACCCUUCUAAA